GGGCCAGUUACUCAACACUGGAGAAACGGGUUUCUCUCCUCCUCGCCUGCCUGCCUGCCCGUCUGCACAGAACAGAGCAGAGGAGCUGUGUCAUGUGAAAUUUAAUACCAGACGCAGGCUGACUGAGCCUCACUGCACACAGAGAGCCCCCUCACAGCCUGAGAGGUAGGCAGGAGAGGCAGGCAGGCUAAGCAGGCAGACUUCCAGGGUCCGGCUCAGCCCUCCAUGACAGGACAAAGAGCAGGGGAUGAGGGACCGACCAGAGCCCUAGUGAGGGACCGACCAGAGCCCUAGUGAAGGACCGACCAGAGCCCUAGUGGACCCAUCAACGUCUCCCUCUCCCCGUGGCCAGCUGUAGCCAGCCUUCCCUGGCACCAGCAGAAACCCAAGGUCAUCUCUGAGUCCAUCCCUCUCCCCUUCCCUCCCUCUUGUUCCAGUCUUGCCGCUCCCCCAUCUCCCAGUGGUGGCAUUGGGGCUCCCAGGAUGCGGCUGCUCAGCGCUCUGCUGCUCCUCCUGCUCCUCAGGUCCACUGAGCCCAGGAAGGGUGGACGGAACAGAGAAAGGGGCAGGGCCCGGGGUAAAGGCAGGGCCAAUGCUGUCAAACGCCAAACCUCUGAAUGCAAGGAAUACAUGGAGGCCGGAGAGAAAUACCUGGACUGUCAGGACCGCCAGCUGACCGGGGUGCAACAGCACUGGCCUGAAGACAUCCACCACCUCCUGCUGGCCCGCAACAAGAUCCAGGUGCUCAGAGACAACACCUUCUCCCAGUUCAAGAUCCUAAAGAGUCUGGAUCUACAACAGAAUGAGCUCUACAUGGUGGAGGAGGAGGCGUUCGCAGGGCUGGGACAGCUCACUACUCUGCUUCUUCAGCACAACCAGAUGAAGACAGCUUCUGAGGAGCACCUGCUGCCCUUGCCAAACCUCCGCUACCUGCGUCUCUAUGACAACCCCUGGGACUGCCGGUGCUCGCUGGAUAGUCUGGUCAGGACCCUGCAGGUGCCCAGCAACCGUAACCUAGGGAACUACGCCAAGUGUUCGGAGCCGGACGCGCUGAGAGGUCAGAAGCUGAAGAAGAUGAGGCCAGAGCUGCUGUGUGCUGAGGAUGGGGAGGGCCAUCUGCCAGGGCAGAAACCUCAGGAGGGGCAGGGUAGUCUGCCCAAACCACCUCCCAUCAAGAAGUACCCUGAUGCCAACUCCUUGUGCCACACCUACAUGUUCCCCAAACCCAUGCUGGACUGCAAGAGCAAAGGUAAGCUAUGAGCCAACCAAGCUGGU